AUGAAGUGUUCCACUCAGACAUUUUUAUUUGCACUUGGCUUUCUUCUUCACCUCCAAGCCUUCGAGUCUAUGAGCUUGCCGACAUUUUUGAAAUCCUCAAAACCUUCACGUGGCGACCCGAAAGCGGAAAAAAUUCGGCUCCUCCAGUCAGGAGAAAGUUCCGCGGCCAACAUUUCGCCCGACGUGCCAGAGGCAACGUUGCAAGACACAGUAAAGACGAUCUAUGAUAAAACCUAUACCCAGCACUGGCUUAAAGGAAACGAAAUAAUCAUAAAGAUUGGACGACGGCCCAAUGCCAAGACUUUCAAAAUCACACCUAGAAAUUAUUUGAUAGACCAUGAUAAGGAAUCCCUCCGGGUACUUAUUGAUAUAUUCACAGCAGAAAAUCAUAGUGGAUCUGCUGUGCAGGCACUUAGUCUGCCCAAUCUAGUGUUUCAAGAUUUGGUGGAUUUUGGACUGAAAAAACCUGGACGGGAGGUGCUGAUGACACUUGCCCAAUAUGCCCGCACCCUGGCUCAAGUUACUGGUGUUGGAAAAACCGAAGAGGAAUUAACUCAACUGGAAAAAGACAAUCGACAGAUAAUCUACUCAGUUUUGGCUACCUUUAUCAACAACACUAAACUCCAGGAUGGUCAACCCAAAACGCUUCUCGAAAAUCUUAUGAAUAUGAUUAAAAUCCACUAA